AGAAAAGCAGCUAUGAAGGGUCACUUACUAAUCCAGGCAUUUUUUCUGUGUGUAUUAGCGAUAUAUGUCACAAUGGGUCUACAAUCAGAUCUUUCAAAAUACGAGACCGAAAACAUUCCACUUGCAAGAGCUGAAAGAGCUACUAGAACGACACCAAGGCCAGGUUUUUUUAAAACACUGUUUUCCGUACUUUAUGAGCAAUGGGAUGACACAAGAAAGACCUCGGCAACAGUUAGCAAAGCGGUUAACGAUAAUUUCCUUCCAGAAUCUUCCGGGAAAAAUGGUGCUACAACACCUCCUACCGUUGUUAAUGGAACUACAACAGAAGAAACACGAAUAACAAGGACAGAAUUACAAAAAAUUUUACUCCGAAAUCUAAGAGGAAUACAGAAAUUGUUUCAGGUGGAAUUAAACGAUGCAUUAAAAGAAUCAAAACAGACUUACCAAGAAUUUAACAAAAAUGUAUCAAGAGAAAUACAAAAAUUCCUUUAGAGAAGCUAGAUUAAGAAGUCUGGUAUUGUGGUGAUAGAUUUUAGUCAAUAUUUUAUAAAACAAAUUGUACAUACCAAAUAAUAACUAAUUAAAGUUACAAAUAUACAAAUAUUUCC